AUGUCUGAAGCAGCACCGGCAGCAGCAGCGCCGGCGGCCACGGCCGGACGUGAGUCGGAGGCUGGUUCGCCUGCCGCGGCGCCGGGCCCCGUCACCCAGGGCCAGAUCACCGCUCACCCGGACAUCGAGCUCGACGCGGAAGAUGCCUCUGAUAAUAGCGAGUGGGAGGUUGCGAGCCUCGCGUCCUCGAGCACCAGCGUUAGUCAAUCGCUCCUCAACUACCGCAUCGAGAAUGGAAGGACCUAUCACAGAUACAAGGAGGGCAAAUACAUGUAUCCAAACGACGAGAGGGAAGUCGACAGACUGGACCUGCAACACCUGAUGUACGUCCUGACGUUUAAUCACAAACUGGGGACCGCUCCGCCGAACCAGCCCGACUCCGAUGUCCGCCGUGUGCUCGACUGUGGGACUGGAAGCGGCAUCUGGGCCGUCGAGUUCGGUGACGAUCAUCCCGAAGCCGAGGUUCUCGGCGUUGAUCUGUCGGCAGCUGUGCCGCAGUACGUACCGCCCAAUGUGCAGUUUAUGAUCGACGACGUCGAGGAACCCUGGACGUACUCGCGGCCUUUCGAUUACAUCCACAGUCGGAUGAUGACUUCUUCUAUCAACGACUGGAAGGCGUACCUCAAGCAAUGCUUCGACAACCUGACCCCUGGAGGAUAUCUCGAGUUGAACGAGAUCGACGUCUUCCCCCUCUCUGACGACGACACGCUCAAGCCGGACUCUGCUCUGUCCAGGUGCAUGCGCAUGAUGAGCGACGCCUCGGAGAUCCUGGGCCACCCGUUCAUCGACGUCCGGGGGCUCAAGGACGUGAUGGUCGAGGUUGGAUUCGAGGAUGUCCACAUCCAGAGGUUCAAGUGGCCGACGAACCAGUGGGCCAAGGAUCGCAAGUACAAGGAGCUCGGGUUCUGGGGCGAGGAGAACUUCGCGGGUAACUGGGAGGGGAUCAUCAUGGCGCCUUUUACCAGGGCGCUCGAAUGGACCAGGGAAGAGGUCAUCGUGUUCUCCGCGGAGGUGCGGAAGGACCUCAAGAACAAACAGAUUCACGCCUAUUUCUCUGUGUGGUCCAUCUACGGACGGAAGCCUGGAGGAAAGUGA